GGAGGAAGAGGAGGAGGAGGAGGAUGUGGGGCUCAAGGAGCCCAAGUCCUCGGCUCAGCUGAUGGAGGAGUGGGGGCUGGAGAACGUGGACUAUGGCUUCACAGAGGAGGACUACCACACUCUGACAAACUACAAAGCAUUCAGCCAGUUCCUGAGGCCUCUCAUUGCCAAGAAGAACCCCAAGAUCCCUAUGUCUAAGAUGAUGACGGUCCUGGGGGCGAAGUGGCGCGAGUUCAGCAGCAACAACCCGUUGAAGGGCCUGUCUGCUGCUGCCGCCGCCGCAGCCGUGGCUGCUGCCGUGGAAACCGUGGCUGUGUCCCCGCCCGUCCCUCAGCCCGCGCAGCCUGGAGCAAUCAGGAAAGCCAAAACCAAGGAAGGGAAAGGCCCGGGGGUGAGAAAGAAAAGUAAAAGCACCAAGGAAGCCAAAAAGAGAGGCAAGAGCAAGAAGAUGAAAAUCAGACUGGGUGGGUUCGGGAGCAAGCGGAAAAAGGGCUCCUCGAGCGAGGAGGAUGAGCGGGAGGAGUCUGAUUUCGACGAGGGCAGCAUCCACAGCGCCUCGGUGCGCUCCGAGGCUUCCCUGCAGCAGAAGAGGAAGGGGCGCAGGGGCCAGCAGAAAAAGAAGAAGAUUGAAGAAGGGGACGGUUACGAAACGGAUCACCAGGACUACUGCGAGGUGUGCCAGCAGGGCGGAGAGAUCAUCUUGUGUGACACCUGUCCUCGAGCCUACCACCUGGUGUGCCUGGAUCCCGAGCUGGAGAAGGCUCCAGAGGGGAAGUGGAGCUGCCCGCACUGCGAGAAGGAAGGGAUCCAGUGGGAGCCCAAGGAGGAAGAGGAGGAAGAGGAGGAGGUGGGGGAGGAGGAAGAGGACGACCACUUGGAGUUCUGCCGGGUGUGCAAGGAUGGGGGGGAGCUGCUGUGCUGUGACACCUGCCCCUCCUCCUACCACAUCCACUGCCUCAACCCGCCCCUGCCAGAGAUACCCAACGGGGAGUGGCUCUGCCCACGAUGCAUGUGCCCGCCCCUGAAAGGCAAGGUACAGCGGAUCCUGCACUGGGUAUGGGGGGAGCCCCCCCUGCCCCCGGAGUGCCCCCCAGGCUUUGGAUCUGCGGACCCCAGGGCGCCCCGGCCCCCCCUGAAGGGGCACCCUGAGAGGGAGCUGUAUGUCAAGUGGGCCGGGCUGUCCUACUGGCACUGCUCGUGGGUCAGCGAGCUGCAGCUGGAGCUGUACCACACGGUGAUGUACCGCAACUACCAGCGCAAGAACGACAUGGACGAGCCCCCCCCUUACGACUACGGCUCGGACAACGAGGAGAUGAAGAGCGAGAAACGCAAGAGCAAGGACCCCCAGUAUGCCCUCAUGGAGGAGCGCUUCUACCGCUACGGGAUCAAACCAGAGUGGAUGAUCAUUCACAGGGUCUUCAACCACAGCUUCGAUAGCAAUGGAGACGUCCACUACCUGAUCAAGUGGAGGGACUUGCCUUACGACCAGUGCACCUGGGAGAUUGACAACUUUGACAUUCCAGAAUACAACCAUUUCAAACAAGCCUACUGGAACCACAGGGACCUGAUGCUGGGAGAGGAUAUCCGACCCCCGGGAAUCAAGAAAUGGAGGAAGAUGAAGGACGAUAAGCCCCCGGAGAUCCCCAAUGUGGACCCCACAAUCAAGUUUGACAAGCAGCCAUGGUACAUCGACUCGACGGGGGGCAGCCUGCACCCCUACCAGCUGGAGGGGCUCAACUGGCUGCGCUUCUCCUGGGCGCAGGGCACCGACACCAUCCUGGCAGACGAGAUGGGGCUGGGCAAGACCGUCCAGACCAUCGUCUUCCUCUACUCGCUCUACAGGGAGGGACACUCCAAGGGGCCGUACCUGGUCAGCGCCCCGCUGUCCACCAUCAUUAACUGGGAGCGCGAGUUCGAGAUGUGGGCUCCGGACUUCUACGUGGUCACCUACACCGGGGACAAGGACAGCCGCGCGGUCAUCCGCGAGAACGAGUUCUCCUUCGAAGAGACCCCUGUCAAGAUGGGCCGCAAGGUCUUUCGCAUGAAGAAGGACACUCAGAUCAAGUUCCACGUGCUGCUGACCUCCUACGAGCUGAUCACCAUCGACCAGGCCAUCCUGGGCUCCAUCGAGUGGGCCUGCCUGGUGGUGGACGAGGCUCACCGCCUCAAGAACAACCAGUCAAAGUUCUUUCGAGUGCUGAAUGGCUACAAGAUCUACUACAAGCUGCUGCUGACAGGAACCCCCCUGCAGAAUAACCUGGAGGAGCUCUUCCACCUGCUCAACUUCCUCACCCCCGAGAGGUUCAAUAACCUGGACGGAUUCCUGGAGGAGUUUGCUGACAUCUCGAAGGAGGACCAGAUCAAGAAGCUGCACGACCUGCUGGGGCCCCACAUGCUGAGGAGGCUGAAGGCCGACGUCUUCAAGAACAUGCCGUCCAAGACAGAGCUGAUCGUGCGCGUGGAGCUGAGCCCCAUGCAGAAGAAGUACUACAAGUUCAUCCUGACGCGGAACUUCGAGGCUCUGAACUCGAAAGGGGGCGGGAACCAGGUGUCUCUCCUCAACAUCAUGAUGGACCUGAAGAAGUGCUGCAACCACCCCUACCUGUUCCCCGUCGCUGCUGUGGAGGCUCCAGUGCUGCCCAAUGGCUCCUACGAUGGGAACUCGCUGGUCAGGUCCUCAGGGAAACUCACGCUGCUGCAGACCAUGCUGAGGAAGCUGAAGGACGGAGGACACAGAGUUCUCAUCUUCUCACAGAUGACGAAGAUGCUGGACCUGCUGGAGGACUUCCUGGAGUACGAGGGGUACAAGUACGAGAGGAUCGACGGGGGGAUCACGGGGGGGCUGCGGCAGGAAGCCAUCGAUCGCUUCAACGCUCCUGGCGCUCAGCAGUUCUGCUUCCUGCUCUCCACGCGGGCGGGGGGGCUGGGCAUCAACCUGGCGACGGCUGACACGGUCAUCAUCUACGACUCUGACUGGAACCCCCACAACGACAUCCAGGCGUUCAGCCGAGCUCACCGGAUCGGGCAGAACAAGAAGGUGAUGAUCUACCGCUUCGUGACGCGGGCCUCGGUGGAGGAGCGCAUCACGCAGGUGGCCAAGCGCAAGAUGAUGCUCACCCACCUGGUGGUGCGGCCCGGCCUGGGCUCCAAGACCGGCUCCAUGUCCAAGCAGGAGCUUGAUGACAUCCUCAAGUUCGGCACAGAGGAGCUGUUCAAGGAUGACGUGGAGGGAGCCCGGACCAACGGUGACAAUAAGGACGGUGAGGAGGGCAAUGUGAUUCAUUAUGAUGACAACGCCAUCUCCACACUGCUGGACCGCAGCCAGGACGCCACUGACGACACAGAGCUGCAGAACAUGAACGAGUACCUCAGCUCCUUUAAAGUGGCGCAGUACGUGGUGCGGGAGGAGGAUGGCGAGGAGGAGGUGCAGCGAGAGAUUAUCAAGCAGGAGGAGAACGUGGAUCCUGAUUACUGGGAGAAGCUGCUGAGGCAUCACUACGAGCAGCAGCAGGAAGACCUGGCCAGGAACCUGGGCAAGGGCAAGAGGGUGCGCAAGCAGGUCAACUAUAACGAUACCUCCCAGGAGGACCAAGAGUGGCAGGAUGAUCUUUCAGACAAUCAGUCAGAGUACUCCGUGGGAUCUGAAGAUGAGGAUGAAGAUUUUGAGGAGAGACCGGAAGGAGGACGCAGGCAGUCUCGCAGACAGCUCAAGAGUGACCGGGACAAACCACUCCCUCCCCUGCUGGCCAGAGUCGGGGGCAACAUUGAGGUCCUGGGGUUCAACACCCGGCAACGGAAAGCCUUCCUGAAUGCCAUCAUGCGCUGGGGGAUGCCGCCCCAAGACGCCUUCAACUCCCACUGGCUGGUGAGAGACCUGCGGGGCAAGAGCGAGAAAGAGUUCAGGGCCUACGUGUCCCUCUUCAUGCGACACCUGUGUGAGCCGGGGGCUGACGGAGCGGAGACCUUCGCAGACGGGGUCCCGCGAGAGGGGCUGUCCCGCCAGCACGUUCUCACGCGCAUCGGGGUCAUGUCUCUCGUGAGGAAGAAGGUCCAGGAGUUCGAGCACAUCAACGGGAAGUACAGCACCCCCGACCUGAUUCUCGACGGAGCCGAGAUGAAGAAACUGACGGAGAGCGUCUCAUCGGACCCCAACACUCCUGUACCUGCCAGCCCUGCCGUCACCCAGCCUGGCACACCUGUACCCACAGCAGAAAAGACAGAGACUCCAUCGGGACCAGCAGAGGAGAAGGAGCCCCCAGAGCUGGAGGUGAAGAAACCAGCCGGGCCUGAGGUCCCCAGCAGCAGCGAGUCUUCCCCCAGCUCAGAGAAGCCCUCCCCAGCGGAGGAGAGUAAGGAGCGAGGGCUGGAGGAGGGUGAGAAUCCUGAACAGGCCUCGGAGCACCCUGCUACCACAGGGGAGGCUUGUAAAGAGAGCGAGGGACCUCCGGAGAAGGCAGAGAGCAACAACAUCUCGAGCAGAGAAGAGGACAAGGACCCACAGCCAGCAGAGGAGGUGAAGAAGGAAGAGGCGCUUGAAAACCAGCAGAACGGAGAGAAAGAAGGGAAGGAGGAAGAGGAGGGGAGGAAAGACGAGAAGAACGGCAAGAUGAAGUUCAUGUUCAACAUCGCGGAUGGCGGAUUCACAGAGCUGCACACGCUGUGGCAGAACGAGGAGCGGGCGGCCGUGUCGUCAGGGAAGAUCUACGACAUCUGGCACCGAAGACACGACUACUGGCUGCUCUCCGGCAUCGUAACGCACGGCUACGCGCGCUGGCAGGACAUCCAGAACGACCCCCGCUACGUCAUCCUCAACGAGCCCUUCAAGUCUGAGGUGCACAAGGGCAACUACCUGGAGAUGAAGAACAAGUUCCUUGCGCGCCGCUUCAAGCUCCUGGAGCAGGCCCUGGUGAUUGAGGAGCAGCUCCGACGCGCUGCCUACCUCAACAUGACGCAGGACUCCAGCCACCCCGCCAUCGCUCUGAACGCCCGCUUCGCAGAAGUGGAGUGCCUGGCUGAGAGCCACCAGCACCUGUCCAAGGAGUCCCUGGCAGGGAACAAGCCCGCCAACGCAGUCCUGCACAAGGUGUUGAACCAGUUGGAGGAGCUGCUGAGCGAUAUGAAGGCGGAUGUGACGAGGCUGCCCUCCAUGCUGUCGCGGAUCCCCCCCGUCGCGGCACGCCUGCAGAUGUCCGAGCGCAGCAUCCUGAGCCGGCUGACCAACCGGGGCAACGAGCCCCCUCCCCAGCAGCCCUUCCCUCAAGGCUCUUUCAGCUGCUCUCAGAUGUACGGCAACAGCUUUGGGGCAAGCUUCCGAGGGCCAGGAGCCGGGGGGAUCGUCAACUACAGCCAGAUGCCUUUAGGACCCUACGUGUCGGCCUCUACGAACGGGCCUCCCUCGAGCCACUCUGAGAGGAAGCUGAGCGAGUCUCUGAAGGACGGGGCCUUGCCGGAGCACAAAGGGGGCAAACCCAGCGACGUGAUCUGCAUCGAAGACUAGAGAGAGAG